AGUAGCGUUAGUGUAGUAGUAAGACAGGUGCCUUCAGUUCAAUUUCUGUAAGGGGCCAGCACCCCACACGUGUGCCUGCUGUGUGUGACUGUGGAUUUAUUGAGAUUUUAAGCCACAAGCUGAAUGGAGUGGGACAGGUGCAACCAAGACUUUGAGUGGAGUGAAACAGAGUGUGCUGCUUUAGUUGGUGAAGACCAGCCGCUGUGUUCCGAUCUUCCUGAACUUGAUCUUUCUGAGCUUGAUGUAAAUGAUUUGGACACAGAAAAUUUUCUGGGUGGACUCAAGUGGUACAGUGACCAGUCAGAAAUAGUUUCUAACCAAUAUGGCAAUGAAUCAUCUGACCUUUUUGAGAAGAUGGAUGAAGAAAAUGAGGCUAACUUGUUGGCUGCUUUAACGGAGACACUGGACAGCAUCCCAAUAGAUGAAGAUGGAUUACCUUCAUUUGAUGCACUGACAGAUGGGGAUGCGACCAAUGUCAAUGAUCCUAGCCCUCCAACAAUGCCUGACGGCACUCCUCCGACUCCGGAGGCUGAAGAGCCGUCUCUAUUGAAGAAGCUCUUGCUGGCUCCUGCUAAUUCACAGUUUAUCUACAAUGAAUGCCAUGGAGGCAUUACACACAUCCACAUGACCAAUAAUAACAGGAUUAGACCAAGCCCUGCUGUUGUCAAGGUGGAGUCAACUUCAAGUAUCAAGGCAAGGAAUAUUUGCCAGCAGCAGAUAUCAGAGGGCCAACGCCGCCCAUGCACAGAAUUGCUCAAAUAUCUGACUGCCAGUGAUGACCCGCCGCAGUCCAAAAUAAAUGACCAUAAAAUUAGCAGUCGAGCCAAAAGCAUCUCCAAAAGGAAGAUACAGCUGCAACCUCAGCAAUCACAUAACCUACAAGCUAGACCAACAACUCUGUCCCUGCCCUUGACACCCGAAUCAUCAAAUGAUCCUAGAGGUUCCCCAUUUGAGACCAAGACCAUUGAACGUACGCUUAGUGUGCAACUCUCUGGUACUGCUGGUCUAACACCACCAACCACUCCACCACAUAAAGCUAAUCAAGAUAAUCCAUUUAAGACUGUGGUCAAACACAGGUCAUCCUGCAAUUCUUCAGUGCGUAGUCCACCACCGAAGAAAUCACGUUUAAGUGAUUCUGCCUCUAACUCUCAACUAAGCAGUCCUAUAAAGAAGGGUCCUGAACAAACUGAACUGUAUGCCCAGCUCAGUAAGACUUCAUCCAGUGUACUUAGCAUUACUCAAAGUGAAGAGAGGAAGGUGAAACGGACAAGCACGAGGCUCUUUGGUGACCAUGACUACUGUCAGUUCAUAAAUGCAAAGGUAGAAUCAUUAAAUACCAGAGUGUUCUGCAAGGAACGAGAGCCUAAAGACAUUAAACUUCAGGAUCAUCCUUGCAGAGAACCCUGGUCUGGGGAGCACAAGCAAAUCAUUAUUUCUGCUAAUGAUGAUCAAGAAUAUAAGAAGGAAAGUCAACAACUGGAUACACAGCCUAUCAACUACUUUAAUACCAGGAUACAACUGAAAGACCAAGAGAUCCGAGCGGAACUAAACAAGCACUUUGGGCAUCCACGUCAAGCCUUUUUUGAUGAAGUAGAAGAUAAGACAAGUCAUCAAAGAGAAAAAGACUUUUGCCAUGAAUAUUAUUCAAAACUGCCUACUUAUCUCAAUGCAGGAAUGUCCCUCGAUGGCGUAUUUGAUGAUAGUGAUGAUGAGACCGAAAAAUUUCUCUAUCCAUGGGAUGGAACACCCGAUGGGUUAUUGUUAGAAAGAUCUUGUUCUCGUUCUCUGUCCAGUUUCCCCUGCAGUGAUUCUAACUACGCACCAAAGACUUAUGCACCUUUUCAAAGAAUAGUUAGGGCAAGGUCUAGAUCUAAUUCCUACCCCCGGCGUAGAGCUUAUUCCCGUUCCCCAUAUUCUCAUUCCAGAUCAAGAUCUCCGUACCGUAGAUCCUCUUCAAGAUCACAUCACUACUUUGAUUCAGGGUGCAGUAGGGUACAACACAGAUCUCGUGGAAGCCCUGGCUCAUACUCAAGGUCACGAUCCAGGUCACCUUACGGCUGCUAUAGUAGACCCAGGUAUGACAGCUAUGAGGAAUAUGAAAAUGAAAGGCUUAAGAGAGAGGAAUAUCGAAGAGACUAUGAGAAACGUGAAUUUGAAAGGGCAAAGCAAAGGGAACGUCAAAGGCAAAAGGCAAUUGAGGAACGCCGUGUUAUUUAUGUGGGAAAAGUCAGAGGUGACAUAACACGUACAGAACUGAAGAGGCGCUUUGAAGUUUUUGGUGAAAUCGAAGAAUGCACUGUCCAUUUGCGUGAAGAUGGUGACAACUAUGGUUUCAUCACUUAUCGUUACACCUGUGAUGCAUUUGCUGCACUUGAGAAUGGACACACUUUGCGAAGAUCUAAUGAGCCCUCUUUUGAAUUGUGCUUUGGUGGCCGUAGACAGUUCUACAAGUCUAACUAUGCAGAUCUAGAUCCCAAUUCAGACGACUUUGACCCUACUUCAACUAAAAGCAAGUAUGACUCAAUGGAUUUUGACACCUUGCUGAAAGAGGCCCAGCGAAGCCUGCGUAGGUAACAGACACCAAAUGUGCUACUAGUGAAGGAAGCCACAGUACCAUGUAGGCAUUCUUUCAUUUACCAACAAAGAACUUGCAUCAGUCAUCCUGGGAUCUUAUCCCUCUUUACACUCUGUACAAAUGAAGUUUACAUGAACACAGCUGCUGCAGUGUGUGAGGAAAGUUGACAGAUAUUCAAUUAAAAGAAAAUGCAUUUGAAAAGGAAGAGUACAGCUGAUAAGUUAGCACUGUUUUACACAUGAUAUAUAAACAAUAAUCUAAUUGGUGGAAUAUGCAGCUUGUUCAGCAUUUUUUCUGAUAUUUGGAUGUGGUGUUAUAUUACUGACAAGAGUUGGGAUUAAAUACUGGGGUGUUUGAAAUAUUUUAUUUACUAAAUGCUGAAAUGUAGUUACAAAUUUACUAAAUUAAAUUGAGUUAUUUUUAUUUUAUGUAAAUAUAACAAUGUUGUUUUGUUUGUUACAGCUAUGCACUGUAAAUGCAGCCUUCUUUUCAAUAAUUAAAUCAAGAAUGUAACCACAAGUUAGACGCUAGUGUACACUAUUAUAUUUAAAAUGUUGGAGAGGUGUGAAAUGAGCUGGGUAAAAUUGUCUGUGUGUCUGAUAGACACAUGGACCAAUGCUGAUUUCCCAUAAUGUAGCUUUACAAUGAACUUGCAACUGAACAACUUAGAAAAUGAAUCAUGUCACCACUCCCAUGGAUAUGUUUAAUCAUUAAAGGUGCUUUCAUUUUUGUCCUUUACAUUAAAUUAGAUUUGAGUUAAUAUAUCAGGAGAAAAAUAUGAAGAGUUUACUCGUGAUUUCAAAUAAAAAUGUCAGGUGUGUUCUGAAAUUACAGCCCAUUAUUUGUUACUCCAUGGUAGCAUUAUCCCACAAAUUCCAUCUAUUUUUAAAGGAAAAGUAAAGCCAACAAACAUGAUAAGUAAAUUUCAAAUCAGUUUAACUUCAUAAUUUGUUGAGAUAAGAAAAAAGACAGGAUUCCUGUGACUACUGCUAAUGCCAUUCUGCUCCCCACACCAACAUAUCCCAGCUACACUAUUCAUCUAAACUCAUUUAGCUUCAGGCUAUAGCAGGUGACAUUUUGUUUAUUUGACCAUCGCUAAUUUGUAUUGAGAGAUUCUAUUGUCUGUCCAUUGGAAAAUUGUCUUCACAUGUUUGCUAAACUGAGUUCUCAACUUUGUAAGUAUAUACUAAUAGCAAUAUAAAGGUUUUUGACUUAGUCAUUCAUUACCUGUAGUACCUCUAGUGUUUUAUCUCUGUUCAGACUAUUAUUAGAUAAAGUUUUCAGGUCUUUUAACUCAUUGUAUCACAUGAUGCCAAACUGAGGUUUACAUUUUCUUCCCUGGAUUUUGAAUAAUCUCCUCUUUAUUGUAAUAGCAAGAUUGUAAAAAUAAAUACAAAAAAUAGCAAUAAAUGUUUAUUUUUAAAAAUCUAAUUUUAGCAUAUCAUGUUGUGAGGUGAAGGACCAGGCACAUUACCCAGCUUCUUUAGGUGCUUCUUGUGUGUUAAAUUUCUGACCUAUUGCUACUACAGUAUUUCAUAGUUUUGUGUGUAGCAAUGGCUAACCUGAACAAAUUAAGUGAAACUGUGUGUUUGUAACUAAUGUUAGUUCUUGGCUAUCCUUUAUAACUUGGGUAAUGAUGUUAAGUCCUGUCUGGCAAACGUGAUGAGGAUUUUAAUGAUUGUAAUAUAAAAUUUGCUCUGUACAAUAACUGGAAUAGCAAUGUAUUAUAUCAGUUAAUUAUUCUUAAUUUUAAUUAAAAUAAAUUCUGAGGACACUGUGCUUUUAGGUUUGUGGGUGAUGAUAUAUUAGUUCAUGGGACUGUACUGACCAGGAAAUGUGAGGAGGAACAUCCAUGUGAGCUUCCUUUGUCUGACACUUCUACCUGUAUUGUGUGGUUGAACCAUUGUAUAGAAUUACUGUGAUUUUUUUUAAAUGUGCAGUUCUCAUCAACCUCACUGGACUAAUAAAGGGAAACAAUGUUUCAAA